CCUUGCCUGUCAGAAAUCCCUGUUCUGUCAAUAUUCCUACAUAAACCGGCUGCAGCUGCACGCUUUCCCCUAUACCGCCCAUACUAUAUGAUACCGAAUUAACGACACGUCUGCGAUGUUCUCCACGCUGUCUUCGUUCCUACCGACCGGUGGGAGCAGCAACGCUGCGCCGCAGGAGCAGAGACACGAUGUGCAGGAAGAACGAAAGGAGAUAGAUGCCUCGGAGGACCAAGCGAAGCAGAAGGGGCAGCCUGCCGACGAGAUGGGCGCGCGGCGGAAGAAAGACCGCAUGAGCGAGACUUUCAUCAUAGUGAGACCACCCCCAUCCAAGUCCAACCACCCCCUCAACCUCCAAGUCCAACUCGUCCCCCCAAACGCGCGCGACCGCUCCAGCGCGCGGCGCUCCCUCGACAUGUCCUCCGCGGGCGAAGCCUUCGACCCCUCCGACACGCCCUCCACGCUCACACGCACGACCUCGGGGCGCUCCGACAUCACCUCCGUCUACUCCUCCGCCUACUCCUCCGUCGCCUCCCUCUCCUCCAUGGCGUCCACCUCCUCGGGCUCCUCGGGCCGGCGCAUGAUCAUCCCGCUCUACAACCUGCAGGCGCACAACGUGAUGACGAACGUCGUCGUCGACGCGGGCACCGACGCCAAGGUCGCCAAGUUCGGCAAGCGCGGGAUGGAGGUCAUCGGGCUCGCGGUCAUCGAGCCCGUCGAGGUCUUCGGGUCGCCCGCGAGCUUCGCGGCGGCGCUGCUGGCGGCGGCGCCCGCGAGCGGGCGGACGAGCUUGGAGGGCGCGGGCGGGCUGCGGCCGCCCGGGUCGAGCAGGGGCCAUACGCCCGAGCCGCCGCAUACGCCGGCGUCGUCGAACUUGUCGCUCUCGACCGACGCGUCGCACCAGCAGCCCCGGCCGCAGCCUAUGGCGAUCCCGGAGAACACGCCCGCGACGACGCCGACGCAGUCCGGUGCGAAGAAGCUAUUUGGCAAGUUCUUCAAGGGGAAGAAGGAAAUAUCGCCCGUCCGCGUGGAGCGGAAUGCGCCGGCGGGGGCGUCGUUGCAGUCGCCCCCGGCCACGCCGAAGGGGUCUCAUAUGCGGACUGGAUCCAUCACGUCGAAGCUGAACGUACCCACGGGCACGUCCAAGCGAUCAUCAUUAAUUGGCGCCGUCCCGCAAGACCAGAACGCGACGCAAGCUACCGUGUUACUCCAGCCCGCCGUCCUCGGCAUCCAGCCCGCCCUCAGCUCGCCGUCCUACCCGCCGCACGGACGGCCGACGAUGUACGUGUGGAUCGUCCGGCGGUGGCUCAAGGGCGCGGACAGCGGGCUCAUGGGGAACAUGAUGGGCAUGCUCGAUCGGCGGCAGGAGAACGCGGGCGCGCCCGCGGAGCAGGUCGAGCUGCGCUUCGAGUGGAAGCGCGGGACGAGCGCCAGCGCGCGGGAGACGAGGAAGCGGCGAAAUAGAAGGAGCCGCCCGGGGACGAGCGCGGGGCCCGGGGACAGGAGCAGUGGCGUUUCCCCGGCGUCGGACCGCCGCGCGAGUCUGGCCGUGGCGAGCAGCCAGGGGGCGUCGACGAGCUCGCUGGCGACGGGCGAGCAGGCGAGGAGGGAGAAGCGCGCGUCGACGGUGGAUGCGAGGGCGGUCUCGCGGAGGCGGUCCGUCGAUUCGCAUAGGUCGAUCGCGUCGCGGACGGGCCUGCGCGAGGAUGCGCAGAGUUUCGUGACGGAUACUGCGGAGGACGAGCAGCCCGCGGAAGACGACGAGGAUAGCGAUCCCGAAGACUCGGAGACGCCGUGGGUCUGCACGGUGUUCGUGAAACGCGUCGCGACGCCGUCGAGCUAUACAUCGUUCUACAGCCCGACGAAGGGUUCGUUCGAUGUGGAGGGGCGCCCGGCCGAGGAGGUGAAGGUGAAGGUUGCGCAGCUCAAGCCGACGCCGCACCACCCGAAGGUGAUCUCCCUGCUGAAGAUGCCGUACCCGCUGCCGGAUAUCGAGGUCGAGAAGGUGCACCUGCGUAAGCGCGUGCUGACGCCGUCAGGCGUCGCGCGGCCUGCGUCAUCCUCCGGCUCGCCGGACAGGCAGGGUAAGGAUACGGGCAGGUCGAAUAGCGGAGCGAAGGGCUUCUUCACGGGUGGUGGCACCCACGGCGCACAGAUGACGCCCGGCUUGGUGUUAACGGCAGAGGAGAUCAAGGACGUGGUGUCGAGCACGGCCAUGUGGCUCAUUGUCAGAGAAGGCAUCGGCGGUGUUGGCAAGGUCACCAGGAAGGGGGAUGGCUGGAGAAUACGAGCGUGAAGGGGCGCCCGUCAGUAUGGAUUAUCUCAGCGCUUGAAUGGUAAAGGAAGGGCGUCGUCGUCGGUUUCUAACGUCCGUGACAUAUUUUGUAAUUGUUGUAUCUCGGGUUCACAGCGCUCACUCUUUCGUCGCUUGUCUUAGUGUCUUAUCGUUUUCAUAUUCAUGAUACCUCUUGGUCUUGUAUCUCUUGGAAUACCACUUGGCAAGCACUGCACACGCAUACAAAGCUUGUAUACUAUUCAUUAGGCAUUUCUUGUCUGUAAUAGCAGUAUUAGUAUUCGUCCCCGCUGAACUGUGCACUG